AUGCCAAAUACGAACAAAACUAUAGCCAUCGUCAAUGGAACAGGUCGCCAGGCAGCCUCGGUCAUCCGAGCAGUGACCGCAGUGGGCUAUGCCGUCCGCGCUCAGGUGUAUUCGUCCGAGGGUCUGGUAGCUGAGGAGCUUUCUGAACUUCCCAAUGUGACCACAUUCGAAGGGGCAUUGCUGGACAACCCAGCACUCAUCGAUGCGAUCUUCGAAGGUGCUCAACUAGCUUUCAUCAACACACAUCCUCUCGCCGGAGAUGAGAUCAAAAUAGGCAAGGCUCUUGCCAAAGCCGCCAAAAAAAGAAACAUCCAGCAUUUUAUUUACAGCAGCAUGCCCGAUCAUUCGAUCCAUGAUCCAAGGUGGCCAGCUCUCCCUCAGUGGGCCUGCAAAUUUACAGUGGAGAAUUACAUCCGACAACUGGGACUACCGGCGACUUUCAUCUAUGCGGGCAUCUACAACAAUAAUUUCACCAGCUUGCCGUAUCCCUUGUUUUGUAUGGAAUUCAAGGACGAUGGAAGUCUUGAGUGGCGAGCACCCUUUCAUCCAGACACAAAACUACCAUGGCUCGACGCCGAACAUGAUGUCGGACCUGCAGUGCUGCAAAUUUUCAAGGACGGCCCGACUAAAUGGAACGGACAAAGGAUCGCACUCGCUUUUGAAACCCUCACACCCAACGAAGUAUGCCAGGCCUUUGGUCGCGCACUAGAACGACCCUGCAAAUACGUCUUCAGCAAAGACAUCGAAGUCAAGGUUUCAGUGCCCAACGGGUACAGAGAACAAUUGUCGGCCAUAGAGAUUCUCUUCGGUGUUUACAAUGCACCGUAUUUUCCGGGACCGGAAUUUGAGCAAGAAACAAAAAGGAAAGGGAGUGGCGAUACCAUCACCGGCCAGAGCCUAAAUCCCAGUGGCAAUAAAGGUAAACAGAAACCCGGGAAACGAUGGACGGAUACCGCCAGGUUGCUCUGGGAAGGAUACAGGGGUAUUGAGGAAUAUGCGAGGGAAGUCUUUCCUGUGGAAGAAGAGGCGAAUGGGAAGACUUGGAUGAUUGAUAAGGUUGUGAGCACAUGA